AUGGACCCGCACCUAUACCUCACCAUUAUGCCCACCCCACCCGCAAAAUCAACUCUAACAACAAAAACAAAACCUACAAUCAUCCCUUCAACAUACACAAAGACAACACCCCCCGAAUCCUUCCCAACCCCAGCCAACGGCACCCUAACCUGGCACACCCUAAUCUCGCAACCAACAACCCAAACAUCAGACCUCUCCGCCGGCAUCGCAGUCUGCCCACCUCGCACAGGACACCUCUGUGCACACCGCCACGUCCAGGCUGAGAUAUACCAUAUCCUCGAGGGGGAGGGGGAGGUUACGAUUGAUGGGGUUGUUAGUAAAGUUGAUGCGGGGAGUACGGUAUUUAUUCCUGGGGAUGUGAAGCAUGGGAUUGUUAAUACGGGGAUGGGGGAUUUGAGGUGGUUCUAUGUUUUUCCGACGGGGGCUUUUGGGGAUGUUGUUUAUAGAUUUGAGGAUGAGAGAGCGAAAGAUUUGGCAAAGCUUUAG